AUGGCCUUCACAGUGAAACGGUUUGCUCCUCUCAAGAGAGGGGCCGUAAACUCUGCCAAUCUCCCCGAGCUCAAGGGAGUUGUGUUUGACAUGGACGGUACCCUGUGCGAACCUCAGACCUACAUGUUUGGUGAGAUGCGCGACGCCCUAGGCAUCACAAAAGCGGUAGACAUCCUCGAGCACGUCGAGAGCCUCUCACCGGCCGACCGGGAGACAGCCCUGGAGGCCAUCCGUGCCAUCGAGCGCCGGGCCAUGGCCUCGCAAAAGGCCCAGCCGGGCCUGACGACACUCAUGUCGUACCUCGACGAGCGGGGGAUCCCCAAGGCCAUCUGCACGCGCAAUUUUGACGUCCCCGUCCGCAACCUGCUCGGCAAGUUCCUCGCCGGCUCCGUCUUCCACCCCAUCAUCACGCGCGAUUUCCGCCCUCCCAAGCCCGACCCCGCCGGCAUCCUCCAUAUUGCCCAGAACUGGGCCUUGUCCGGUACCGGUGGCGCCGGUGACGCCGGUGCCGAUGCGGGUGCCGAUGCGGGUGCCGAGCUGCCUGAUGCCACGGGGCUCAUCAUGGUCGGUGACUCCAUCGAUGACAUAACUGCUGGUCGCAGGGCGGGCGCAGCCACGGUCCUCCUCGUCAACGACGUCAACAGGGCGCUCGCCGACCACGCUCACACUGACCUCGUCAUCGAGAGCUUGGAUGAGCUCGUCAACGUCCUCGAGGAGGGCUUCCAGGGGCGAGAGGAUGCCAACUUUUGA